AUGAAGAAUUUAUUUCAAGUGUUAGUAUUUGUUGGAUUGACGUUGCUUGAGAUAAGCUUAAGUGAAGAUGAUGGAAGGCAACCGAAGGAAGCAAACUAUAAGAAAUUCGUUGGUGAAAGACACUAUAUGAUACCAUUUAAAACUCGAAUUAGUCAACCAUUCCAAGAAGGACAGACCAUUCAUGGAGUUGGUAUGAUAAAACCCGAUGCCAAAAGAAUUGAUAUCAAUUUCCAUAAAGGUGCAGGUGCAAAUGUUGAUCUACCGUUGCACCUCAGUAUCCGAUUUGAUGAAGGAAAAAUGGUCUACAAUUCAUACAUGAACAAUGUUUGGGGCAGUAAAGAGCAACGAUUAAAAAAUCUUUUUAAGCCAAAUACGGAAAUGGAUAUUCGAAUUCGCAUUAUCAAUAAUAAAUAUCAAAUAUUUGCGAAUCGCAUGGACGCGGGUACUUUCGAACAGCGGGCACCACUAGAUGGGGUAGAUCAUGUAUCGAUUAGUGGUGAUUUGAUCAAUCUUUCAUUAUUUCACUACGGUGGACGAGUAUUUCCGAUACCGUACAUGGCGAUCGCCGAAGUUGUCCCAGGAAAACGACUGGAUAUUUCGUUACUACCAACUGGUAAACGAUUUAAUAUCAAUUUAUACAACAGUAAUCGACAACAUGCACUACAAAUAUCUGUACGAUUUAACGAGGGUACCGUGGUACGGAAUGCGAUGCAGAAUAAUGAUUGGGGACGAGAAGAGCGAGAGGGAGUGAUACCGAUUGUCAAAGAUGAAAUUGCCGAUAUAACGAUUGUCAAUGAAAAAUACAGUUUCCAGAUUUUCUUCAACGGUAUUCGCUUCACGACAUUUGCGCAUCGUGGCUCACCAGAUGAUAUUAGAACUUUGGAAAUUGAUGGUGAAUGUGAAAUAUUUUCUGCCACAGUUAAUGAUGCAAUUAGUAUAUAA